CUCUAGAGAGGGUUUGAGAGUAGGAUUUUAGAGUUCUUUAAUUUUCUUUGUCUGAAUUUCUUCUGCUACUGCUACUAACUUAUUCAUCACUUAAUUCGAUUUUUAGAGUUUCUUGAUUAUUAUUAAGUUUAUUUCUGAGAAUUGAAAGGUAGAAGAAAAUGUUUUACUCUCAUCAACUACUCGCUAGAAAAGCACCAUUAGGCCAGAUCUGGAUGGCGGCGACUCUGCAUGCGAAAAUCAACAGAAGGAAGCUUGAUAAGCUUAAUUUAGUGAAGAUCUGUGAAGAGAUAUUGAAUCCUUCUGUUCCUAUGGCGUUGAGAUUAUCUGGGAUUUUAAUGGGUGGAGUUGUAAUAGUCUAUGAGAGGAAAGUGAAGCUUCUGCUUGAUGAUGUAUCUCGAUUACUGGUGGAAAUUAAUGAAGCGUGGAAGGUAAAAACAGUUCGAGAUCCAAAUGUACUCCCAAAAGGGAAGAAUCAAGCUAAGUAUGAAAAAGUAACAAUGACGAAAAAUAAUGAUCCAGUAACGAUGGAUACAGCAGAGAUUGAACAAUCCUUAAACUUCUCCAACCAUUACAACGCUGACGAUGAAGCUGGUUAUUUCACCAUGAGGCUGGACCGUAUUGAUGAGCCUUUUACUAAUGAGGAGAAUGCAAGAGAUCCGGAGGAGGAUCAGAAACAUCACCAAGCUGAUAGAGACAACAUCACCUUAUUUGACCCUUUUGAUUCAAACCAGCCAGAGCAACAUCUAUUUAAUCGUUUCGAGAGGUUUGAUAUUGAAGGAGAUGAAGACAUGAAUGCAAAUUUCACUUCACAUGAGCACUCACAGAUGCAUACAACUCUUAUACCUUCCCCGCCACCAGAAAUUCCUGAACCAGUCCCUAUGGAAAUUGAUGACAUGAGAAAUGAACACCCAGAAGGGCCAGAACCACAAAACAAUCAGCAAGCUGACGAACGCAGAGAUGACGUUCAACAGGUGCAAGAGGAUGACGUUAAGCCAGUGAUAAUAAAGGGGAAUACGAGAAGAAGAAAAACGGUCCAGCUUGCUAUGGAUUUCGAACCGAUCAUCGGAGGCUCUGUUUACCAGAGCUGGCUUCAAGACGCCUCCAACCUUGUAGGAAGAAAGAAGAGAGCCAAAUCCAUCACUAGAAUGAAGAUAGCACAGCUCAUGGACAUCCCUCCUGUGGCACUUGUAAUGGGAUUAGCAGGAAAGUAUAGCACAGAGAUCUAUUAUCCAAAGCCUCUGCUAGACCUAUAUAUGAGAAGCAUCCAGAUUCGUCCACCUCGUGAUUCCCCUGCUGGAAAUACUUCAGGACCCCAACCACCUGAACCAGUAUCACCAAUUGAUGGAAAUCCAAUGGAACUGCCUGAUGAAGAUCCGCAGAUUGGUGUUAGGACUCGUUCAAAGCAACGAUCCACUGAGAAGCAAAUGCCCAACCAUCCUGUCCCUGCUGAAGAUUUUCAGAGCGGUGUAGAAUCUCGUUCUAAGCAACCAUCCAUUGAGAAGCAAAUGCAAAUGCCCAACUUAGACAACUUUGAGUUCCCUGUAAAUGAGGCCAGCAUGAUGUUCACUCCUGGACAUUCUGGGGACAAUGAGAGAUCCGCUCCAAGCUCUGGAUCCGGAAAUGGCUUCCUGAACUUAGAACCAGAAGUCCAAUUACAUUCGGGAAGCAGAAAAAGGCAUUCAUCAAGGCACAGUGGAGGGAACCUUGCUUCAGUAGCAGAGGAUAAAAUAUGGGAUCUACCUGAACCUGAUUUCAAGUUCAGAAGAUUCUCAGAAAAUGGGUUCUUACAUGAGAAUGAAACUCUGGUUGAAACUGGACCAACUCCAACCCAACAUCCACCUGCAGACCAGGACCAACCUAUGGACAAGAUCACUGACACAAUCCGAAUGCACCUAAAGACACAUUUUGAAACGCCAGGAGCUUCUCAAGUAGAGUCCCUAGAUCAGCUAGCUAGUGGAGCAGACCGGAAGAAAGCUGCCCAGCUCUUCUACCAAACCUUAGUUCUAGCUACCUUCGAUCACCUGAAGGUUCAGCAAACAGUGGCGUAUGGGGAAAUAUUGAUUUCCAAAGGACCAAAGAUGUGAAGCUGAUCUCCACCAACUUUUAUACUGUCACAUAUCUAUAGUUUCUAUACAAAAAGUUUUACACGCGUGAGAUAUUUAACCCCCGAUGUUCAGAAUAGGUUAACACGAAGAAAGAAAGAUUAGAAAAGGAAGUCUCCUCUCUUACAGAGUGGUGUUCGACGAGUUCUCAGUUUUGUUACCAUAGACUGCUGCUUUAGAUGGUUCUGGGAGACUACCUACUCAGUUUCAGCUUAUUAUUUAUUUUUGCAAAUUUGCUCUGAUUCAAGAUAAUCAAAUUUACAAUGUCAACUCCUUAAAAUGAUUAUCCAACUUUAUAUAUAGUUCUCAUUCAUAUUGCUAUGACUACAUGAUGGUGUGCCGAGAGCGAUCACUAGAGGAAAGCUAAAUUUGCUGAAAGUUUUUCUAAGCAUUACGCAAAGUGGUAAUUGCUUGAGUUUGUCAGACAAAAUCCUCUAGACGAAAGCUAAACUUGCACGAUCAUUCUUGUGCAUCCAGCUAUAAACGAGAUCAGAGAUACUGAGAGUUGAAUGAAUGUCUGCUCUGAGACUAGAAAGUUCGGUAUGAACAUUAACAUAUACAAUUUGGUCUUUGAAACUAAGAUUACAAGUUUGCAAAAGCUUAAAUUUACUCCUAGUUUUACCUGUAGAGACCUUGGAUUAUGAACUCGGCUAAUGCUUAGACCUUGCCUAGGUGCCAUGGUUAUUUGAAAGCUACUUCCUCCAUGUUCCCUUAUUCCCUUAAAUCCCUAACGUAUUUAUGGUACAGUAUUAUAUAUUAAGAAUUAAAACUAUUUUGUUUCACAAUAUCUGGAAAAUGUGUACUCCCUCCGUUUCAGGUUGAAAAAGUGAAAGUAUCACUUUUCCUGAAACGGAGGUAAUGUCUUUUGUUGUUAGCGUAUACAAUCAGAGUGUUUCAUAAACCAAUUUGCACAUUAAGAAAACCAUUAGUGGAAUAAGCAUUGAAAGCAAGAAAUUGACAUCAGAUUGAUGUUUCACAAAAGUGACAAAGUAAAUACUAAUAUCAAGGAACCUACGUAAAGUAAGUCAAUACUGAAGGAACAGAAAGGAGUCUUAACUCUAAUAGAAGGUGCUAAAG